CUUUAUCAACAGCGCUCGACUGUUGGAGCCAUGAGUUCGCAGUCACCGGCCCAGAACACUACUCAUUCCGUAACUGCGUGUCAGCGAUGUCGUGAUCAAAAGCUCAAAUGUAGCCGUGAACGCCCAGUAUGCACGCGAUGUAGGCGGCUCCAAGCCAACUGUGCCUAUCCGAGCCCUCCCAGUCGCCGGGGUCGGAAGCUGCAGCGCAGUUCGAGACGCGUAAAUCUGGGUGGCGGCCUAGGCCGAAAUCAGUCCCAUCCACCUUCUAUUCAAACACGCGAAGAAGCCUCCGAAUUUGAUAGGACAACCCCCGUCCUGACACCCGUAAACGGGCUCGAAUCAAUAAAUGACUCUUCCCAUUCGUAUCAAACACAGCUACGCAAGACUUGUCCAGCUAGGACAGGGUUGAUUUCUACUUCCGACCCGCCGCUACCACCCCGGGCGAUUGGGUUGUCCCUGCUUGAAGUAUAUUUUACGCGUAUCUACAAUGCUUCGCUGAUGUUUCACAAACCCCUACUAUUUAGAGACUAUCUUGACGGGAGGCUUCAUGAUGUUCUACUGAAGGCCAUCUUUGCCUUGGCCACGCUCUUCUUAUCCACGCCGAACGAAGGCGGGCGGGAAGGCUCGCUAGAGCAGUCCGAGUUGCGGAUUCUAAGCCCGUACUACCCCUGUGGCGUCCAAUGGGCAAAGGCUGCUCUGAGAGAUGCUAUGCCAUUGGCAGCACAAGAGCAAUCCCUCAUGGUUACCCAGGCACUUCAAUGCCUGCAGCACUAUUGGUUUGGAGUUGGUGACCCAUAUUCAGCAAAUCUAUGUCUCACAUUGGCACACCGUUCGUGCCAACUCCUUGGAUACAACAAAUUGACCGCUGAUGCCGAGGUACAAUCCGAACUCAAACGUCGAUGCUUCUGGGCGUGCUGGGUGUCGACCUGCAUAGUAGGAGCGCCUGAACCGUAUAUCCGGUCAGCCUGGCAGGAGGUUGAGAUGCUGCCACUCCCUGCUUGCAUACACGACACAGGAUUUGGAUACGAGAUUAUAGUAGACCAGCGGAUGGACAAUCAGUGGCAUUCGCGCCCUGUGGAUUCUCAUGAGUCUGUUCGAUCACCAGUCGCUGCAGCAUUGCUGGUUAAAAUUGUUGGCGUAUGGACGAAAGUUCAACUCCUGUUAGCUGAUUCAAAAUUAAUGACCAUAACCGAGCAACUGGAUUGCGUGGAGCAACUGUCCAGCCUAGCGACAUCGGUUUUUGACACGGUGCUUCCUGAAAUUGACAUUUCCUCAGAAAGCGGACGACUCAUGCUCCUUUGCAAUGCUCUAUACCACCAAUGCCAGAUCGCUCUGCACUCCAUGAUCGUCCCUCUGUUUUCAGGCACGUCUCUCGAAGGAGUAAGCCGUGAGACUGUUAGACGCAGCGCCGAAAGUGUCAUAUGUCAUGCGCAUCUAUUUGAGAGAUUAUUGACACCAUACUUGGACAAAAAAGCUGAUAUCACUCACCUGGCCCCCCUUGUAGGCCACGGUGCUUUUAUAACGGCUAUGGUUUUAUUGGCUACGGAAAUUCCUCAUUGGGUCACACAUAACGGUAGACAAACGGAGCGCCGCAGUUUAAUUGCAGUGCGAGCGAUCCUGAAGCUGCUAGAUAUUUUUCGGAGACAUUGGCAACCGUUACAACAUCAUUGGGAGAAACUUCACGCUGCCUUGGAAGCGAACUUUCCGACCAGCAAUACCCAUUUCGAGGCAGAAGCUUACGGAAGAGAUGGAUCGACUGGUGCUUCUAUUCGAGAUUCGGCCCGAAUACAAUCGAACUAUGCGAAUACUAAUUGGGAUAGUGGACAUGAAAGUCGGAUCCAGUCUCCAUGCCCGUUAAAUAACAUACCCCACUCUCUGGCGAGGAGCCAAUUCCCAGUGGAAAUGGGCAUAUCGCCUGGAAAUGCAGUCGAGGAAACCGAAAACCCUUUUAACCCUGUAGACUCUAGGUGUGCUGACGGUUCAAUCAUAACGCAGUCUGCUGUCACAGAAGAGGAUGCGUGGUUUAGCUUGUCUUUUGCGGAAGCCGGAAUCGAGCAAUUUGCAGGUUACGAACAUCUGCCUUUAUUUCAACAGGGAUGGAUGAAUUUCGGUUGAAGUUGAUUAUAUUCAGGUGUUAGGGAUAGAAAUCGAGAAACAAUGCAACAACACUACUCUUGACACAUCUUUUGUUAACAUACAA